AUGUUUAUUAGAAACCCCAACGUCGGCAACAGAUCCCAGUCAGAAGACUGGCGUAUCUCCGGUUACAACCCCCUUACCCCACCAGAUCUCUUGCAGAGUGAAUAUCCACUUUCUGACGUUAACAAGGAAGUCAUUUUACAGGGAAGGAACGAGGCUGUUGACAUCUUGAACGGGAAGGACGACCGUCUCUUGAUUGUCAUUGGACCGUGCUCCAUCCACGAUCCAGCUGCCGCUUUAGACUACUGUGAUCGUUUGGCCAAACUCAGAGAGCAACUAAAGGGUGAAUUACACAUCAUCAUGAGAGCGUACCUUGAAAAGCCUAGAACAACUGUUGGCUGGAAAGGUUUGAUCAACGAUCCUGAUAUUGAUGGCUCCUUCAACAUCAACAAAGGUCUGCGUGUCUCGAGAGAAUUAUUUGUCAAGUUAACUGAAAAACUGCCAAUUGCUGGUGAAAUGUUGGACACAAUUUCUCCACAAUUCUUGUCCGAUUUGUUCUCAUUGGGUGCCAUUGGUGCAAGAACUACCGAAUCUCAGUUGCAUAGAGAAUUAGCAUCUGGGUUAUCCUUCCCCGUUGGCUUCAAAAAUGGUACGGACGGUUCAAUGAAUGUGGCAAUCGAUGCAAUCCGUGCUGCAAGUCAUCCACAUCAUUUCCUCUCGGUUACAAAACCUGGUGUUGUUGCCAUCGUCGGUACAGAGGGUAAUGAGGACUGUUUCAUUAUUCUCAGAGGUGGUAGAAAUGGUCCAAACUACAACGAGGAAGAUGUUAAGGCUGCACAAGCAUCAUUGUUGAAAUCAGGUGCCACAAAGGAAGGAGAUGCAAGAAUCAUGGUUGACUGCUCCCAUGGUAACUCCAAUAAGGAUCAUCGUAACCAACCAAAGGUUGCAGCUGAAAUUGCACGUCAAGUUUCCAAUGGAGCAGACUUCAUUUGUGGUUUAAUGAUUGAAUCUAACAUCGUCGAGGGAAGACAGGAUGUUCCUCCACUUGACCAAGGCGGAAAAGAUGCCCUCAAAUACGGAUGCUCAAUUACUGAUGCAUGUAUCUCUUGGGAGGAUACUGUUUCUACUUUACAGGGAUUAGCUGAUGCAGUCAAGGCGAGAAGAGAGAAGAAAUAA